AAGAUUCUGCAUGGAUACAAACAUCCAAUAUUUACAGUACGCCCUCGUCCCCACAUCUAUUAACCAAAUCGCUGAGGGUGGCCGAAAAUCUAGGAAAAGAAAGUUACUCCCGCAAGUUAGUAGAAGAAUCCCUCCAGGGCCCUUCUCCGCUCUCCCAUUUUUAAAUCUUAGGUAAAACACCCUCUCCCCUGUUUAUUCCCUUCGGCGGCGGAUAACGUCAUCCCGCUAUCCGUCCUGCCGGGUUAUCUCCAUGUCCCUCUGCGCUCUUGAAAAAAAAAAAACGCACGUUUGCGCCCUCAUGUUGGCUGCAUUGGUUGUUAGUACAAGUAUCGGAACUUGUUACUGAGUACCCCGGUCGACUAACCUGGUACUGUAGAAACGCCAAACCCUAACCACCAUAUUCCAAGUAAUAUUAUUUUUCAUUUCCAAUGAUCCUAGUUCAUGGGGAGCUUACCAUAACCCGCUCCUCGAGUGAGAAAUUGAGAACCUUUCAUCUGAUAUGUGCACAAAUAGACGUGGCUUUUUGUUUGCCUCUUGUGCUCCAGAUGACACAAAAUUUUGUUAACUACCCAUAGGUCUGCUAUCCUCUCCGGUGAUUUGAUCGAUGUUGGUGACUCGAAGCAACAAAAGCAAUUUUAGAGUACCCGGCUACGCGUCGUAAAUGCGACCGGUAGGUCGGACAACCCACCGAGAGUCGGCCAAUAAAUGGGCAGGCGGUUCAAACAAAGCUUGGAGAGUUCUCCGCUGUGUAAUCCUCUCCGGAGAAGUGGAUUCUUCCCAGCUACGGGAAAAACUUUGAACGUCAAACUGAUGGCCAAUCUUUAUGGAUCGUAGUUCGAUGUCGAUCCAGAACCUCUCCUUCGACAGUGCGAGACCCUCUCGCACAAGAAAUUCAUCACUCCCAACUCGGAGAAUCACACAAAGGAUCUCCUGUCAACAUGGGGACGCCAGCUUUCUUUCAGCUGAUCGGGGCGCGUAUUCGGAGAUGGUCUUCCUCAUCAUGGUUGGAGCUUCACCGAUCCGCACCCGCCUGGCUUUGUGGGUUGCCCUCUGUCCGAGGGACUGGUGCGCGGUUCGUGAUCCUCUACCUCCGUGCCAAAAUCGGAGAGAUUGUCAAGGCACUAAGCUGGAGCGUCACAGCCUACGGGCUAUUUCAGAUGAGCAGCAUAGGGGAUAUGGGAAACUUCUGCUUUAGUAUAUAUCAAAACCAUGCUAGGAUCAUCCCGCCUAUUUUUUUGCACUAAAAAGCCAACUCAGAAAAACACCAGCGAAACCAGUAUGGCCCUUGAAUCCAGGCCAUGGUGGUUCAAUUCUUGUGCGGAUAUUAUGGUUCCUACAUCGACCUCCUCUCACCCCCACCCUUUCUCGGGUGGGAGGUCACACGCGAUCCGUGGGACGAGUCAGCGUGCGCAGCAUGGCUGAGCGCCGUGAUUGGUCGAGCUAGUUUCCACAUUGGAGGCCAAUUCAACGUCGGAUACCGUACUUGUACUAUACAGUACUUGGGAAGCAACAAAACCCGACACCCGAAAAAUAGCCAGAGUUGAGCCCUCUAAUCCCACCCAGCCCCAAGCCUCUUGCCUCGCUUUUCUGUUGAGGGAAAACAUAUAGGCUCAUAAAUUGUAUCCUGUCUGCAGGUCGACAGAUGCUCUACUCCGGUUGACCGUGCCGGAUGAAACCCGGAAUAUCUCCUGAAAGUCGGUGUUUUGUUGAACCGAAGGUGUUCAACUGCGAUAAUUGGCACCUGGCCAUCAACCCCAAAUGACACCAUGAACCCCCUAAAACCCGAACACGCGUUUCCGCAAAACCUCGCUGAUAUUUUCCCGGCUUAGGAACUAAGAGCCGAACCGCCGAUGCGUCAGUCCGGAUAAGGCUUCAGACAACGGGAGAAAAAAAUGUCUCAGAUGCUGCCGUAGGGCACAUCGCUAGUGGUAUGAGUGACACCCGUCACUCAGUAACAAAAUGUCGGGUGGACGCUCAGCCCUGAUGCAAUGAAGCCUUAUGCGUUAGGACAUAACAUUGAGAACUGGUUACGAAUAUCGGGGUCCGAAGGUUGCCUAGGCCGCUGGAUUGCUAUUGAUCUUUUCCAACUAUCUUUUUUCGGGUAUUAGUCUGGGCAUGCCAAACCACGAAAUAACGACCUCCUAGGAAUAUACCGAUACGGUAGCGGCGGUCGCCAGGAUAGAGGUUCUACAGACAAGAAAACAAUCUUGGACUCGCAGCAAGCAAACACAGGAGAAAUCUUCAGGAAAUCAAGCCGUUCAUCUGCCGAUAUCGCUUGUUCCAGGAGAGGGAGGUAACACCCAGCAAUAAAGAGAGGAUUUGGGAGGCUCGUCUUUGGAAGUGGGUCGCUCGGGAAUGUCGUACUCAAAAACCUCAAUUCCUCUUUACGGUGAGCGGUCGGUAGUUUAGGUAGGUUGAUUUGAGCCCAAGGUCCGCCACCUACCGCAGCUAUCCCGCUACGGAUACCAGAGCACCGGUUCUCGAGGUCCUCCUAUGGAGACUUCCACGGCAGUCACCACUCGUUUGGAUCGUCGUCGGAGCUCGGAGCCCGAAUACUCGAUCAAGCCGUCAGAGGUGAAAGGGGGGUCGCGGACCGGGGGUCGAACAAUAUCGUAGGGACAAACAUCGCUAAACACGAGGGAAAGGAUGGAGUAGGCAACCCCGCGCUCCGUCAAUCCCAUUCUCUCACCCACCGAUGGAAUUUCCCGAAAGAAAAACGGGGCCAUUCAGAAUUCCACGGCCUUCCACAGAUUUCUGCCAAAGUCGAGCUGAGCGGAAAGCCUGCCAAUCACCCACCGUACCGUGCCUUGAGUUUGUCCAUCUAUUUUGAGAGAAGGAG